AAACUCGUGUUUCUCGUUCCCUAUAAUUAACUCAGAUCACUACUCCCUACCCAGUGGGCACAUCCGCAAUGGGCACUAACAUCGAGAGCGGGGCGCAUGGCGAAGAGCAUGUCUUCAGGAGCCGGUACCCUGCAGUCCCUAUCCCGAACUCCACCCUUCCGGAUUUCGUUCUCCACGGCGCCGAGCUAUAUGCCGACAAGGUGGCGUUUGUGGACUCCAUGUCGGGGCGAUCCUACACUUACGCCGAGGUGGUUAGGGACACCAGGAGGUUCGCCAGAGCGUUAAGGUCGCUCGGCCUGAGGAAGGGGAGGGUGGUGAUCGUGGUGCUGCCCAAUGUUGCCGAGUACGGAAUCGUCACUCUCGGAAUAAUGACUGCUGGUGGUGUGUUCUCGGGCGCCAACCCGACGAUGCACGCUUCGGAAAUUAAGAAGCAGGUGGAGGCUGCCGACGCCAAGCUGAUCGUGACGGAUGGACCGAAUUACGAAAAGGUAAAAAGCUUUGGCCUUCCCGUCAUCAUGCUGGGCGGAGAGCAAAUAGAUACGGCCACGAACUGGGACGAUUUGCUCAAAGCAGGAGACCGGGCAAGCAUCAGUACAGUAGAAGAGGAUGUCGACCCAAACGAUCUGUGCGCCCUCCCUUUCUCUUCGGGCACCACGGGGGUCUCCAAAGGCGUGAUGCUGACUCACCGGAACUUGGUGGCUAACUUGUGCUCCACGCUCUUCAGCGUUCCGCCCGAAAUGGUCGGUCACGUCACGAUACUCGGCCUGAUCCCGUUCUUUCACAUAUACGGCAUCACCGGAAUCUGCUGUGCCAGCCUCAGGAAUAAGGGGAAGGUCGUGGUCAUUAAUCGGUUCGAUCUCCGGGGCUUCCUCAAUGCUCUCAUCGCACACGAAGUCAAUUUCGCGCCGAUCGUACCUCCGAUUAUAUUGUCUCUGGUAAAGGACCCGAUAGUGGACGAGUUCGAUCUCAGCAAGCUCAAGCUCAGCGCCAUAAUGACUGCAGCGGCCCCACUAGCACCGGAAAUUCUCUCUGCCUUCGAGAACAAGUUCCCCGGAGUCCAGGUUCAAGAGGCAUAUGGGCUAACCGAGCACAGCUGCAUAACGCUUACCCACGGCGCCCCGGGAGAAGAUCACAGCAUCGCGAAGAAAAAUUCGGUGGGGUUUGUCCUCCCGAAUUUGGAAAUCAAGUUCAUCGAUCCGGAGAACGGCCAGUCCUUGCCUAAGAACACGCCUGGGGAGUUAUGCGUCCGGAGCCAAUGCGUGAUGCGAGGUUACUACAAGAACGAGGAAGAGACGUCAAGGACCAUAGACAAGGACGGGUGGCUCCACACUGGCGACGUAGGGUACAUUGACGGCGACGGAGAUGUUUUCAUCGUCGAUCGCAUCAAGGAACUGAUCAAGUACAAGGGUUUCCAAGUCGCUCCGGCCGAGCUGGAGGCGAUUCUCCUUACUCAUUCCUCCGUCGACGACGCGGCAGUAGUUCCGCUUCCCGACGAAGAGGCGGGAGAAAUCCCGGCGGCAUGCGUCGUGCUGAACCCCGGCGCCAAGGAGAGCGAGGACGACAUAAUCGACUACGUCGCUGCCAACGUAGCAGGCUACAAGAGGGUGAGGGCGGUGCAGUUCGUGGACGGCAUCCCGAAAUCUCCCUCGGGGAAGAUCCUGAGGAGGGUCCUGAGGGACAAGAUGAUGCAGCACAUGAAGAUGAAGACGAAGAUCAAGACAAGGGCAGCACCAAUCGCGAUCUGAAAACGACUCCUUGCCCUUCCAUCGCCAAAGCCCCUGUCGUUUACCCUGUCAUCCAAGAAUCUCCGCCUUUUACUCUCU